AUGGAAGUAACUAAUCCUUCUGUCGACACAAUGUCUGCCGUUGAAACUGUGGCCACUGAAAAAGAAGAAUGUCAACCAUUCACAAUAUUAGAAAAUAACGACGAUUCAAUAGUUGAUGACUCUUAUAAUAAUAGAAAAAGUAGAACAUAUACUUCUCGAGAUUCUCGAGAUGUACAAAUUUCCCCUGGAAGCACUGUUGAAGAUGUCGUUAAGCAACAUAAUUUAGGAAGAAAGCCUUCUCCUCAACAAGACUUACAAUUUGACUUUAAUCGAUUCCUUCAACAAAUGGCUAAUCCAACUGCUACCAAUAUUGCACGUUACGUCAAAUCUUUUGAACGGGAAUUUGAAAAAAAACCUUGGCCUGCCAACGAUCAAAUCAAAAUCAUACAUGAUUUUUUAGACUUUAUAUCUAUAAAAAUGCGUGAUUGUGAAUUAUGGCGUGGUGCUUCUGAUGCUGAAUUCGAAAAUGCAAAAGAGGGUAUGGAAAAACUAGUUAUGAAUAGAUUAUAUAAAUUAACUUUCUCUCCAGCUAUCAAAGGUCCUGUUACAACUGACGAUAGAGAACGUGAUGAAAUUCUACAUCAAAAAAUUGAAAUAUUUCGUUGGGUCAAAGAAGAACAUUUAGAUAUAACUCAUGCUGAUCAUAAUGAACAAUAUUUUGAAUUCGCAAAGAAUGGCCUCAUAAGGCACGUAGAUGGGGAGGAAAGUGCCGAUAAAUUUCUUCCUAUACUUAUAUUUGUUGUGUUAAAAGCAAAUCCUGAUAAUUUAAUGGGUGCUAUUUCAUUUAUUGAGAAUAUGGAUGCAUCUUCUCUUUCUAUAUCACAAGAGGAUUUCGAAGCAAAUAUUGAAAAAACUGUAAAAGAAAUUGAUCUUGAACGUCCAAAAUUGCAAGAAAAUAAUAGAGAAGAAAUCAGUUAUGAUAAUGUGAUGCAUCCAUCAAAAAGUCCUUUACAUGUAAGAACUCCAAUUUUGAAUCCAGCCCAAGCUAAAGCCCUUUUUGAAAAAGGGAGUAUUUUGGCUCAGAAGACAAUACAAAAACCGUUGAACAUAGUUGGAAGAAUAUUUGCGGAAAUUAGCAAUGACUUUAGUGAGUUGAGCGAACCACUAUCAUCUCAUCGAGUUAAUAACUCUUCAGAUGUCAAUUCUGCUUCUGAAUCAUCAUCACUAAGUACUUCCCCUCAUAAGUCUUCACACAUUGACUCUAUAAAUGGUUCCCCAAGACGAUUAUCAGAUAGUGAUGCUUCACAACACCUUGCCUCUUCAAAUUUUACGCGUGAGUCUACCGAUUUUUCGGAUGUACAGGCUGAAGUUAAUCGAAUUUCUGAAGCUGAGUUUCAGCAUUCACUUGCUGCACUCCGAGCCAUGUUUCCUAAUAUAGAUCCUGAUAUUUGUGAGGUUGUAUUACAAAAUAAUGAGUGGAGUAUUUCCCGAGCUAUAGAUCAAUUACUUGAAUUAUCAGAUCCAACUGUUGUUAAUAAUAGAAAUCUUGAUGAUUUAUAUAUGAAUUCUAAGACAAAAAAUACCGCUGAUGAAACAAAUUUAGAAAAUAGCGUUAAUAAUAACAAUCAGACGAAUGGGCACGAUGAAGAGAAAAGUGAAAUAUUUACUUAA